AUGGAAAUUUGCCCUUAUAGUCUUGGCAAUCGAGCGUGGAAUCUCAUUAUCAAAUUAGUCGAUGCUAACAAUGCAGGGACAGAUAUGUUUCGGAGAUCAUCUGGAAACAAUUCCGCGCUUGUUCCAAUACUUAAUGCUCCGAAAAUUUUGGAUAACAUUCGAAAAACACGAACUCAGAAUGGAAUUAUCGAUAUGCUAACUAUCAAUUGCGAAAGAUGCGAAUUCGAAGUUCUACCGAAACUGAUUAUGCAUGAUAUGCUUCGACACUUUCGUACUAUACAAUUUGCAUCACACACAACACUAUUCAAACAAUCGUUCUGCAUCUAUCGUCAGAUUGAACAAGCUUUGCACAGAGUGCAUUACGUCAAAUAUCAUUAUAAAAUGAUAUGGGAAGGUUGGUUGUUAAAGAACUGA